UGGCGGAAGGCACAUUAGCCGCGCUAUUGACCCAAUAGGCCCACCAGGAAGCGCCGCCUUGCAAAUCGUUAUUGCACCGGACGCUGCCAUAGUGCUUUCCGGCGUCGAUUUCCAAGACCUUCACGGUUCCUAGAAUUGGCCUGGAUGGCAACUGAGCGAGACUUCCUAGCAGCCUUAGCAAGCCGUUAUUCGCGUACAAGUGGAGCUUUUGUAGAUUUGGAAUGAGCAAUAGUAGGUCAGCGAUAAGGGCAUCAUUCCAGAUCUCGUGGUCCGUCUCCUGGCUGUCGUUUUUGGCGGCAUUAAGCCAGUCUAUCUUGAUGUUGGUAGGAAUAUCCAGGGUUCUUGUCAAGCUUGGUAGUCUAUUAGACACCCAGGUGAAUGCCGAGUCGUCCUUGAGUGCGUCGAAAGUGCUCAAGCACAGGGUCUAUCCCUUAACCCGUCGAGGCGCAACGCUCGGGCCAACGCCAAGCGAACAUCAUUCUCAGAUAUACAAACAAACAUUGUCAGGCAUAACAAUCAACCAGAACCCACCUAAAAAGACAGCAAUUGAUGCCCAAUCAUGCCCAGAACAUCAAAUGACAUUGACUAUGUCAAAUGGAAGGAUUCUCGUACAAAACAAGGGAAAACACCCCCCCCAAAGCCGGCGCCGCUGCCCGAGUUCUCUCCGCUCCGCAUCAACAGUUGGCAUGCUCCAGGGAGAGCCUCUAUGCCCUCUGGUCUUAAUCGGCAUGAUCCUAUGGCCAUUUUCAAGCUAUUCUUCACCAAUGAAAUGAUGGAGAAGAUGGUGCAGUGGACAAACGAGCAUGCAGAACAGCACCGGCCCACCGACGUGCGCCUGCCACGGCCAUGGAAGCCAACUACAAGGCACGAGCUCUAUGCCUAUUUUGGAACACUUAUUCAUAUGGGAGUUACCGUGAAGAAGCGCGUUGAGG